AUGAAAUUCAAACUUUUAACAUUAAGAGUAUGGGAGCUGAUUUUGAGUUUAUUUUUUCAAUUCUGGAAGCGAAAAAACUCUACCCUUUUAGCCAGGUGGCAAAUUAGUUAUUCAAUGAACAAUGACACAAAUCCAGCAAGGAGGGUUCCAAUAGACUUGCGUUACUUAAUCUCACUCAAGAUCAGGACUGUGAAACGACUAGGGAUACCUGAUGAGAGGAUCAUUCUUAUGUUUGUGGAUGACAUGGCUUGUAAUUCCCGAAACAAAUACCCUGCACAAGUUUCAACAAUGAAAAUCAUAGGCUUAACUUGUAUGGAGAUAAUGUUGAGGUAG